AUGAACUCUACCAGACCAGAAGUAGUACUUGGUUUUGGAACUUGGACUCAAAUACUCGAAAGUUUUUUGUAUUGUGCACACACUCCAAAGAAAACAGGUGGAAGUAAAACGAUAUCUGUCGACAACUUGCCACCACAUAGUCAUUCUGGUACAACAAACUUUUCUGGCGACCAUAGCCACUCAUUAAGAGACCACCCAUUAUACAACUCAGAGUAUGAAGCUGGCUAUGACGUUUUAUCUCCAGAUUAUAACCAUUCAGCAAAAAAGACUUUUCGACAAACUGAACCAGGAGGAAACCACCAACAUACUUUUACAACAACAUCUACAGGACUAGGUAA